CUCACAUGAACACAUCAACACAUGUUUAGUGAAACAAUCAUGGCGCCGUCCACGGACAGCAACGUGAAAGAAGACAACAGUCAGGUUACAUAUAAAAAGGAUAUAAAUACAAAAAGAAUUCUUAUUCUAAAAAACCAAAAACAUGCUAACGACAUAUUCGACGUCAUUGAAUAUUUGCAGUCCGAAAAUGUUAAAGAAAUCAUUUUCGCCACCGAUGCUUGCAGAAGGGUUUUCUGCCAGCUGUUCGACAGAGGAGAUCUUUACGUCGGCGAUUUGCCCGAAGAAGAGGGCCUCAUGAGUGGUGAUCGCAGCGCUGAAGAGAAGUACAGAAUAUUCAUGAGACACCGUUACAACAAUUGUGUGGAGCUUCUGCUGGAAAACAUAAGCCAUGAAGCUUACCAAGUGAAGGAAGCAUCCCUCUGUGCGUUGAUGAAGUUUGUUGCAGCGGAAGGCAAACACCCUCUCCAGAAUCUGGACUUGAAUGAGCACUACAGCUUUCCCAGGGAGCUCUUACGGACCCUAAUGGAGCGUCUUCUCUCGACGAAAGAAGACAUGUCUCUGCUCAUCUCCAGGUUUCAAGAGUUUUUGGAGAAGGACGACGUGCGCUUCUACGUCAUGAGUUCAGUACGAGUAAACAUUUCCAGAGUCAUGGACAGAAACAAAAAGGCUGUGAUUCCUGUAUAUCAAAACAAUGUGUUCGCACUCCUCUCAACCAUCAACGUACCCAGCCAUGGACCGAAAAUUCAAAACUUUCUUGUCAAACAAGCAUACAAACCCGAAGAAUGGAAAGCAGCCAAAGUACAGGAGCAUAAACGAGCUUUUGGGGAAAUGUGGCUGUUGUUUCUCAAGUACAAGUUACCUAGCAGCAUGUACAAGAAGAUCCUGGUGAUCCUUCAUGAGUCGAUAAUGCCACAGAUGAGUGAUCCCACACUUCUGAUCGACUUCCUGAGCGCUGCCUAUGACAUUGGAGGUGCGAUCAGUUUGUUGGCUCUGAAUGGCUUGUUUAUCCUCAUCCAUAAGCAUAAUCUGGAUUACCCAGAUUUUUAUAAGAAAUUGUACAGCCUGCUGGAUCCCUCCAUCUUCCAUGUCAAGUACAGAGCACGUUUCUUCCACCUGGUGAACAUCUUCCUCUCUUCAACUCAUCUGCCAGCCUAUCUUGUGGCAGCGUUUGUGAAGCGCUUCGCCCGCCUGUCUCUCACAGCGCCACCUACAGCUCUCCUCAUACUUCUGCCAUUCAUCUGUAAUCUCAUUCGCCGGCACCCCUCUUGUAGAGUUCUCAUCCACAGACCCAGUGCUGCAGAAGAGCCUUGUGAUGACCCAUAUGUGAUGGAAGAGAAAGAUCCGGUUCAGUGUCAUGCUCUGGAGAGCAGCCUAUGGGAGAUCAGAACUCUGCAGAAGCAUUACCACCCAGAUGUGGCCAAGGCUGCCUUGAAGAUCAACGAGCCACUGACUGAAGAGGAGGAAGAUAUCACUGAGCUUCUGGAGCUCUCUACAUUUGAGCUAAUGGAGCGAGAACUCAAAGCUGAAAGGAAAACGAUACCGCUAGAGUUUGACACAGCCACGGAGCUCCUGAAGAGCCCUAGAGAGGUGCUCGGAGCGCACUUCUCUCUAGAGUAACCACUCUUAUUUGCAAAUACUAUCUGUUCGAAGUGUAUUCUUUGUAUUAAAAAAGUUUGUGCAAUCCAUUCCCUGGGCUAAAGAAAUAAACAUUUCCAAAAAAUGA